ACAAAACUUGAAAUUCUUAAGAAGAUUCCACGAAUAUUAAAACUUUUGCAAUAACUUGGAGGAGCAUUGCGCGUAUUUAUCGCGUAAAUCAUCGCAUUUUUGUCGGUAAAAUGGACAAUUACAAUGUUACGCCGUGAUGUACAGUAUCUGACGUCGUAUCACUUGGAGAUCGUAGCGCACUUUAAAUUUUACGUCACUUGUGAAGACUUCAAGGACGUACGUAAAAUGUGGUGUAAACCUGGGAGGUGCAUGUAUGUUAUUACGUAUGAUGAUAACGUCAUCGGAACUAUGGGAAUAACAGAGGAGUCCAAGAAAUCAGUUGGCUUGUUACGUAUGGGACUUAAAAGGCCGUACCAGGGAAAGGGGAUCGGAUCGUUCGCCGUUGAAUUUCUCAUUGAUCAAUUCAAGCGGGAGAAGUAUGAAGAACUAACUGUCCAGUUGGGAACGUAUAAUAUGAGAGCCAAACAAUUUUAUGAAAGGUUAGGAUUUAGGGAAUAUUUUAGGGAGAAAAACAGGACAAUUGGAUAUGACGAUAUUGACAUGCGUUUAGUGCUUUAAGGCAGUGCCUCCUCAGUGCUCCCAAAAUACUCGAAGUGAUCCAGAAAUGAUCAGAUGGGAGUGGAUGGGUUAGAACUCUUAAAUCAUGUACAACAAUAGACUAGAUGCGAGUAGAAAUAAUCUUGAUUUACGUCAUUUAAAUAUUCAAAAUUCAGUCAAAGCGAUGUCAUAUUUGAAAUCUGCAUGUAAAAGUACAUCUAGAAAUAUGGUUUCGAAAAUUGUCUAUCAACUUUGAAAAUUU